CAGGAGAAGAUGAUGACAGACCUCACAAGAUCUUGGCCCCAGGGCUGAAACCCCACCCAGUGCUGUGGUCCUGCGGCUGUGGGCCCAUGGGUGCCCCCAAAGGGUCCCAGGCAGAUGGAGGCUCCUGGUUGGCGUGGAGGAAGGAAAAGGAUGAAAUCGGCUCCCCUGGCCACCCCUUCUGGCCCAGCUGCAGCUGUAGUCCGUGGGUCUGAGCCGACCUUUGGGGUUCAUCGGCCCAUUUUACAGACGCGGAGCCUACAGCCAGGAGGCGUGGCGGCUCUGGGCCGUGCAGGGUUCCGGGGCGGGGAGGCCGAGGCGCCCGCCCUCCCCGCCAGGGCUCACCUGGGUCAGCCCUGAGCCCUCGAGCAGGACGGAUCGGCCGCUGCCUGCUUAAAGCUGGGGCCGCCAGGAGUGCGAUCGCCUGCGGAUCUGCAGCUGGGCACCGGCCGCAACGCCCGCCCCGCGACGGCAGGGAAUAAAGGCUCAGGGACCGGCAGUUCUACUCUGGAGCCCACCAGCCUCUCAGAGCCUCUGGUGACUGGCCUGUGUCUCCCCCUGGAUGGACAUGUGGACGGCGCUGCUCAUCCUGCAAGCCUUGUUGCUACCCUCCCUGGCUGAUGGUGCCACCCCUGCCCUGCGCUUUGUAGCCGUGGGUGACUGGGGAGGGGUCCCCAAUGCCCCAUUCCACACGGCCCGGGAAAUGGCCAAUGCCAAGGAGAUCGCUCGGACUGUGCAGAUCCUGGGUGCAGACUUCAUCCUGUCUCUAGGGGACAAUUUUUACUUCACUGGUGUGCAAGACGUCAAUGACAAGAGGUUCCAGGAGACCUUUGAGGACGUAUUCUCUGACCGCUCCCUUCGCAAAGUGCCCUGGUACGUGCUAGCCGGAAACCAUGACCACCUUGGCAACGUCUCUGCCCAGAUUGCAUACUCUAAGAUCUCCAAGCGCUGGAACUUCCCCAGCCCUUUCUACCGCCUGCACUUCAAGAUCCCACGGACCAAUGUGUCUGUGGCCAUUUUUAUGCUGGACACAGUGACACUAUGUGGCAACUCAGAUGACUUCCUCAGCCAGCAGCCUGAGAGGCCCCGAGACGUGAAGCUGGCCCGCACACAGCUGUCCUGGCUCAAGAAACAGCUGGCGGCGGCCAGGGAGGACUACGUGCUGGUGGCUGGCCACUACCCCGUGUGGUCCAUAGCCGAGCACGGGCCUACCCACUGCCUGGUCAAGCAGCUACGGCCACUGCUGGCCACAUACGGGGUCACCGCCUACCUGUGCGGCCACGAUCACAAUCUGCAGUACCUGCAAGAUGAGAAUGGCGUGGGCUACGUGCUGAGUGGGGCUGGGAAUUUCAUGGACCCCUCAAAGCGGCACCAGCGCAAGGUCCCCAACGGCUAUCUGCGCUUCCACUAUGGGACUGAAGACUCACUGGGUGGCUUUGCCUAUGUGGAGAUCAGCUCCAAAGAGAUGACUGUCACUUACAUCGAGGCCUCGGGCAAGUCCCUCUUUAAGACCAGCCUGCCGAGGCGAGCCAGGCCCUGAACUCCCAUGACUGCCCAGCUCUGAGGCCCGAUCUCCACUGUUGGGUGGGUGGGCCCUGCCGGGACCCUGCUCACAGGCAGGCUUUUCCUCCAACCUGUGGUGCUGCAGCAGGGCAGGAAGGGGAAACACAGCUGAUGAACUGUGGUGCCACAUGACCCUGUGGCACAGAUGCCCACGUAUGUGAAACACACAUGGACAUGUGCCCCAGCCACAGUGUUAUGCUCUGUGGCUGGCUCACCUUUGCUGAGUUCCGGGGUGCAAUGGGGGAGGGAGGGAGGGAAAGCUUCCUCCUAAAUCAAGCAUCUUUCUGUUACUGAUGUUCAAUAAAAGAAUAGUUGCCAAGGCUGAACCAGUGCCACUGGUG